GCAACACUAGCAGAGAUCACAAGCGCUCGCGCAGUAAUGUAAAGAUGGCGAGGCUGCUGCACAACUUGCUGCUGCUCUCUGUCUGGCUCGCGCUGAAGCUCAGGCUGCUGGGCUACUGGGCUUUCGUCUACGGCUACUGCGCCCUGUGCACGGCCACCGCACUGCUCAGACUCUGGUGGAACAUCUUGCUGCGACCCUCCAGCACCUUUCAGUGGUCAGUGCGCGAGACGCCACCUUCAUGUCUGAACGACACGUCCUUGGGAACGCACUGCUACGUGAGGAUAAAGGAGUCUGGACUCAGAUUUCAUUAUGUAGCUGCAGGCGAGAGGGGCAAGCCGCUUAUGCUGUUUCUGCAUGGAUUCCCCGAGUUCUGGUUCUCGUGGAGACAUCAGCUGAGGGAGUUUAAGAGUGAGUUCCGUGUGGUUGCUGUGGAUAUGAGGGGCUACGGGGAGUCCGACCUGCCCCCCUCCACCGAGUGCUACCGGCUGGACUACCUUGUUACUGACGUCAAGGACAUUGUGGAGUAUCUGGGAUACAACAGAUGUUUCCUUGUAGGUCAUGACUGGGGAGGGAUCAUCGCAUGGCUCUGCGCCAUUCACUACCCUGAGAUGGUGGCGAAGCUGGUAGUGCUUAACAGCCCUCACCCGUGUGUGUUCGUGGAUUAUGCUCUUCGUCACCCCAGUCAGAUGCUGAAGUCCAGCUACUUCUUUUUCUUCCAGCUACCACGUUUCCCAGAGCUUAUGCUUUCCAUCAAUGACUUUAAGGCACUGAAGAGUUUGUUCACCAGCCGAAGCACAGGGAUUGGACGGAAAGGCCGCUGGCUGACCACAGAAGAGCUGGAGGCCUACCUGUAUGCCCUGUCCCAGCCUGGAGCCCUCACUGCCGCACUCAACUACUUCAGAAACGUCUUCAGUUUCCUCCCUCUCAGUCAGAGUGAAGUGCGCUCGCCUGUGCUGCUGCUGUGGGGAGAGAGAGACGCUUUUCUGGAGCAGGACAUGUCCGAAGCCUGCCGCCUCUACAUCCGAAACCACUUCCGCCUCAACAUUAUCUCCGGAGCCAGCCACUGGCUGCAGCAGGACCAGCCUGAUAUCGUCAACACACUCAUAUGGACUUUCCUCAAGGAGGGAGAGGGACGCAAAAACUACAGGAACUGACUUUCUGAAGAGGGGCCUUCAGCCUGCAGAGGGGACCGGGGAUAUGCCUGUGAAAAAAACAACAACAACCACAACAACAAGAAACAUUCAGUGGGCUAUUUCACAAAGAUUUCUCAGUUUGCCAGAUAACCUAGCCAGAAGUGAAGCUUGUCUAAACUACAAUACUUGCUGACAUUGUCACGAUACAUGAUGUGUUUAUGCUUAGGUUUUUUUGGAGGUUUGUGAACAAGUUGGAAUGGACAAGAUGCACCAGCAAAACAGUCGUGCCAUGUUUUAAAGAGGCUGUGAAAAACUCAGUUUUGUGUUUGUUUAUAAUUAAACAGUUCGUUGCCGUUGGAACAAAACAUCAUAUCUCCAAUUUUGGCCUUUUUUAUUUUUGGACAUAAUUUGAAAAAGGCAGUUCCCUUUUAUCUUGUGUCAAAAUGUGUCAUGAUGAACAGACCAACAAAAG